AUGGUGAAAAGUGACGUGAAGGUUUUGGGUGCAUGGCCGAGCCCAUUUGUGAUGAGGGCAAGAAUCGCCCUCAACAUCAAAUCUGUGGACUAUGAGUUCUUGGAGGAGACACUUGGAUCCAAAAGUGAACUUCUUCUCAAAUCAAACCCAAUUCAUAAGAAAAUUCCUGUUCUCAUACAUCAGGAUAAACCUGUUUGUGAAUCUCUCAUUAUUGUUCACUACGUCGAUGAGGUUUGGUCCUCUGGUCCCUCCAUUCUUCCUUCUGAUCCCUACGAUCGUGCCAUCGCCCGAUUUUGGGCCGCCUAUCUUGAUGAGAAGUGGUUUCCUUCCAUGAGAGGAAUGGCGAGUGCCCAAGGAGAGGAAGCCAAAAAAGCUGCAGUUGACCAAUUUGUGGAAGGUCUGAAUUUGAUGGAGGACGCUUAUGUGAAGUUGAGCAAAGGGAAGCCUUUCUUUGGAGGGGACAAAAUUGGGUACCUUGACAUUGCAUUCGGUUGUUUCCUGGCGUGGCUGAGAGUGACAGAGAAGACGAGUGGGAUGAAGUUUCUUGAUGAAGCCAGGACUCCUCAUUUGGCCAAAUGGGCUGUGAGCUUUUGCGCUGAUCCUGCUGUGAAGGAUGUCAUGCCUGAAACUGAGAAGCUCGCUGAAUUUGCUAAGCUUCUUGCCAAGUUCAAACCUGCCGCUCCAAAAUAAUUUCAUUCUGAGAUUAAAUUA